UGUGUCAGCACACCCACACCGGGCCACAACAAUGGCCACCGCCAAUGUCCCAGUCCCUGGAGAGGUCUCACCGCUCACCGAGAUGCACUCAGGGCCUAUUAGGUUUUCUGAACCAGAUGAAUAACUCAAGUCACUCUGUCCUUCAGCCUUCAUUCCAAGGAUGCAUGCAGCUCAUUCAAGUGGAUGAUCAACUUGUAAAUUUAUACGAAGUGACACAAAGGAGGCCAGGAAGUUUUGCGAAUGUCAGCAUUGACAUGUGCGCCAUCAUAGACAGAUGUGUGCCCAAUCACUGUGAGCAUGGUGGGAAGUGCUCACAAACGUGGGACAGCUUCAAAUGCACUUGUGACGAGACGGGAUACAGUGGGGCCACCUGCCACAACUCUAUCUAUGAGCCUUCCUGCGAAGCAUACAAACACCUAGGCCAGACAUCAAAUUACUACUGGAUAGAUCCUGAUGGCAGCGGACCUCUGGGGCCUCUGAAAGUUUACUGCAACAUGACAGAGGACAAAGUGUGGACCAUAGUGUCUCACGAUUUGCAGAUGCAGACGACAGUGGUGGGCUACAACCCAGACAAAUACUCGGUGACACAGCUCAUUUACAGCGCCUCCAUGGACCAGAUCAGCGCCAUCACCAGCAGUGCCGAGUACUGUGAGCAGUAUGUCUCCUACUUCUGCAAGAUGUCCAGGUUGUUGAACACCCCAGAUGGAAGUCCUUACACCUGGUGGGUUGGCAAAGGCAACGAGAAGCACUACUACUGGGGCGGCUCCGGGCCCGGAAUUCAGAAAUGCGCCUGCGGCAUCGAGCGGAACUGCACGGACCCCAAGUACUACUGUAACUGUGAUGCGGAUUACAAGCAGUGGAGGAAGGACGCUGGCUUCUUAUCCUACAAAGAUCACCUGCCGGUGAGCCAGGUGGUGGUUGGAGAUACCGACCGGCAAGGCUCGGAAGCCAAGCUGAGCGUGGGUCCCCUGCGCUGCCAAGGAGACAGGAAUUAUUGGAAUGCUGCCUCUUUCCCAAACCCAUCAUCCUACCUGCACUUUUCUACUUUCCAAGGGGAAACCAGUGCUGACAUUUCCUUCUACUUUAAAACAUUAAUCCCCCGCGGAGUGUUCCUUGAAAAUCUGGGGAACACAGAUUUCAUCAAACUCGAGCUGAAAUCUGCCACAGAAGUGUCCUUUUCAUUUGAUGUCGGAAAUGGGCCAGUGGAGAUUGUGGUGAGGUCGCCCUCCCCUCUCAAUGAUGACCAGUGGCACCGGGUCACCGCAGAGAGGAAUGUCAAGCAGGCCAGCCUACAGGUGGACCGGCUGCCGCAGCAGAUUCGCAAGGCCCCGACAGAAGGUCACACCCGCCUGGAACUCUACAGCCAGCUGUUUGUUGGUGGUGCUGGAGGCCAGCAGGGCUUCCUGGGCUGCAUCCGCUCCCUGAGGAUGAAUGGAGUGACACUGGACUUGGAGGAAAGAGCAAAGGUCACAUCUGGAUUCAAAUCCGGGUGCUCAGGCCACUGUACCAGCUAUGGGACCAACUGUGAGAAUGGAGGCAAAUGCAUAGAAAAAUACCAUGGUUAUUCCUGUGAUUGCUCCAAUACGGCAUAUGAUGGAACUUUUUGCAACAAAGAUGUUGGCGCAUAUUUCGAAGAGGGGAUGUGGCUACGGUAUAACUUCCAGGCAUCCGGGGUCAGUGCCAAAGAAUCGGGCAGUAGAUCGGAGAGCUCCCCCGAUCAGCAGAACUCGCUGCCGGACCUGGCCCACGAGGAGAUCCGUUUCAGCUUCAGCACCACCAAGGCGCCCUGCGUUCUCCUCUACGUCAGUUCUCUCACCACCGACUUCUUGGCAGUUCUCGUCAAACCCACCGGAAACUUACAGAUUCGGUACAACCUGGGUGGCACCAGAGAGCCAUAUAAUAUUGAUGUAGACCACAGGAACAUGGCCAAUGGACAACCCCACAGUGUUAACAUCACCCGGCACGAGAAGACCAUAAUUCUCAAGGUUGACCAUUAUCCUUCUGUGAGUUACCACCUGCCAAGUUCAUCUGACACCCUGUUCAACUCUCCCAAGUCGCUCUUUCUAGGAAAAGUUAUAGAAACAGGGAAGAUUGACCAAGAGAUUCACAAAUACAACACCCCGGGAUUCACUGGGUGCCUCUCCAGAGUCCAGUUCAACCAGAUUGCCCCUCUCAAGGCGGCCUUGAGGCCAACAAACGCCUCAGUUCACGUCCACAUCCAGGGCGAGCUGGUGGAGUCCAACUGCGGGGCCUCCCCGCUGACCCUCUCACCCAUGUCGUCUGCCACCGACCCCUGGCACUUAGAUCACUUGGAUUCAGCCAGUGCUGAUUUUCCAUAUAAUCCAGGACAAGGCCAAGCUAUAAGAAAUGGAGUCAACAGAAACUCCGCUAUCAUUGGAGGGGUCAUUGCUGUGGUGAUUUUCACCAUCCUCUGCACCUUGGUCUUCCUCAUUCGGUACAUGUUCCGUCACAAGGGCACCUACCACACCAAUGAAGCGAAGGGAGCAGAGUCAGCAGAGAACGCGGAUGCUGCCAUCAUGAACAACGACCCCAAUUUCACAGAGACCAUUGAUGAGAGCAAAAAGGAAUGGCUCAUUUGAGGGGUGUCUAUUUGGCUAUGGGAUAGGGAGGGGGAAGUUAUUAGGGAGGAGGGAAAGGGACAAAAGCACCCUGCUUCAUACUCUUGAGCACAUCCUUAAAAUAUCAGCACAAGUUGGGAGAGGCAAGCAACAGAAAAUUCUUGCGACUGAUUGCCACAAAAAACACUUUUUACUAUUUCUUUAUAGCUGAGUUUUCCCCUUCUGUAUGAAAACAAAAUAAUACAAAAAAUGCUUUUAGAGUUUAAGCAAUGGUUGAAAUUUGUAGGUAAUAUCUGUCUUAUUUUGUGUGUGUUUAGAGGUGUUCUAAAAACCCAUGGUAACAGGGCAAGUUUUCUACAUUUUGAAGAGCCCUUGGAACGUGGAAAUUUUUUCUUGAGAAAAGCUGAUGCGCGUACAUAUGGUCUCUAGCAUUCUCUUCCUUUUGCAUAUAGUCAACUUUUAACGGGCUGUGGUAGUAACUAGUUCAUGUCAUAUAAUAUUUCCUUUGGUGUCCUGUAAAUUGGAAAAAGAAAGGGGCAAAGAGAACCUAUUAUUUGCCAGUUUUCAAAGAGAUCUCAAUUUAUGCCAAUUCUCUGAAGUUCCCGCCUGAAGCAGUUGAAGGAAGAAAGUACAUGGCACCAGUCGUGUAAUGACGUAAUCAACACAAUGGAAAGAAGCAUUAGUAACCGGGGAAGUAGUUUCAUAUUGGGAUUGUUGGUUUUAUUUUUCAUCGAAUUCUACGAGAUAAUAGUUCCAUGUAUGUAGUCUUAGACCUGUUCAAUAUCUGUAACUAUCAGCUAUAAUACCGUGGUGACCAGCUGUUACAAAAGAUUUUUCCUCUGCUUUACCUGCAACGUAUUGGGCUAUAUUAUGUGUGUGUGUAAGCACCUUGGUGGGGAAUUAGAGCCAGAUGUUAUGAUUUGUUUGUUCUGUUUCUUUUAUAGUUGUAGCAAGAGUAUGGACACUUUCUAGUGAAUGCAUAAAUUAGGUUGCUCUUCUUAUUUUGCUUUAAAUCUCUAGUUUUUAAGCCCCUGUGACAAAAUCCUAGCAGGCAGUGUCCUUGAAUGGACACCUCACAAUAAAAUCAAGUUAUGAUUGC